CCUGCCUCAAAAAAAGCCAACCCAAACCCCACCUCAUGGGCGGAGCCCGUCAGUCGUGUCAGGCCCUGCUGUUGGCCUCCCUCUGUGCCUCAGUUUAUCUCCUCCUCCACUUUUGGAGCCUAGGGCCCCGGAUGAGGCGCCUCCUGGUUCCGGGGUCCCCGGGACAUCAUCGGAAGCGCCAUGGAGAGGCGGCUGCGGGAGGCCCAGCAGUACAAAGAGGAGGGCAACAAGCGCUAUCGGGAACAACGGUACCGGGAUGCUGUGAGUCGGUACCACCGGGCCCUGCUGCAGCUGCGUGGCCUUGACCCGAGUCUCCCUUCCCCAAUACCUUCUCUGGGACCCCAGGGUCCCCUGCCCACACCCGAACAGGAAAAAAUCCUGCAUGCCACCCAGAUGGACUGCUACAACAAUCUGGCCGCCUGCCUCUUGCAGAUGGAACCAGUUAACUACGAGCGGGUGAGAGAGUACAGCCGGAAGGUCCUGGAACGGCAGCCGAGCAAUCCCAAAGCCCUUUACAGGGCCGGCGUGGCCUCCUUCCACCUCCAGGACUAUGACCAGGCCCGCCGCUACCUCCAGGCUGCCAUUGACCAACAGCCAAAAGAUGCCAACGUCCGACGAUACCUCCAGCUGACAGAAUCGGAGCUGAGCAGCUACCACCAGAAGGAGAAAAAGCUUUACUUGGGCAUGUUCGUGCCCCGGGACUCCUAAUUUUGCGGUUUUGGGGGAGGCAGCCUGGAGUAGCGGACCGAGCACGGACCCGGGAGUAAGAAUGUUGUGGGUUCUGAUCCCGGUUCUGCCACUUGUCUGCUGUGUGGCCUCAGGCAAGUCACUUCACUUCCCUGGGCCUCAGUGAAUUCAUCUGUAAAGUGGGGAUUGAGACCGUGAGCCCCACGUGGGACAGGGACUGCGUCCAACCCCGCUGGCUGAUAUCCACCCCAGCGCUUAGUUCAGUGUCUGGCAAAUAGUAAACACUUAACAAAUACCACAAUUAUUAUUAUUCUGAGCCUGUACCAAAUUUCAGUAAACCCCAUUACUUCUUUUUCCCCUUCUCCCACUUCUUUGGUUUUUACUUUUUUAGGUUCUUUUAAUCAUGUCCGUGUCUAUAAAAAAGAUUGUGAAAUCAAAGUCACCACUGAACUGAAAUUGAUCAGAUUUUAAUACUUAGGGGACAGCGGUAUUCCAGUCCAGUUUACAGAACACACCGACCUAUUGUGUCUGCCGUACAGGGAAAAUCCACUAUCAUUAAAGCAUCCUGAUAUCA